AUGCCUCGGCCAAAGAGGGCGCGUCCUGGCGCUGUCGCCACAGCUAAGAAAGCAACCCAACCAGAUAUUAAUCCUGCGCCUCGAGGACGAUCGCGCACGACCAGAUCCAUGGCGUCGCGAACAAGCGCAGAUGUUGAUUCUAUCCUGGAUGCAGCCAACCGCACUCGCGAUACCGCCCUGGAUCGUCUCGCAAACGAGGACAUCACCACGACCGGAGACGAUGAUACCGCGGGCUCGGUGGAGCUCGGACGAAGGAGCUCAGCAGCAACACCAGCCCACCGAAGAGAUUUGACUGGCCUCGAUCUAGCAGAUGACGUGUUCGGGGACCUGGAGGACAGUUUCGAGGACGAGGGCUCAGUGCGAGGGCGCUCCACCGAGGUUUCGUCUUUCACUCUUAGCCACAUCAAGCCGAGAUCCAGGUCGCGUCAAUCCAGCAUUGUCGGGCGCAACGACCCUCCCAUUCGCCCUAGCAGUCGAGGAGGUACUACGCCGCUUGUGAACUCAACCUUCAACAUUAGCGCAUUCAGAAGGCGCGCGCGCGAGCCUAGUAUUUUGGGCACUGGCCGAAAGCCACGGCCAGAUGUCACGUCCACGACUUUCACCACGCAAGGCGACAAUAGGUCCGACACUGAGGAGGAAGAAGACGAAUUCGCCCCCGAGGCCGAAUCUACGCCUCUGAACAACAGACGGCGAACUCAACCUACUCCUCAAGAACCCGAAUCCGAGCAAGAACAAGAGCUGGAUCCAGAGCCAGUUGCGACAAGGAGCUCCAAAAAGAGGAAGAGUGAUGGCCCAGCAGAAACCGCGCGCCCAGAGAAGGUAUCGCGUACGGAUGAUCCUGAACCAGAGGAAGAUGUCGAUAGCGACUCGUCUUCUCUCUCAUCACUUCCAUCUUUCGACCAACCUCUACCUGAGCUGGGGCGGCCAGUCACCCCGGUCAACCAAAUGGAUUAUGCUGCACCACCUGCUAGCAGUGGCUCUGAAGACGAGGACUUCGAGUGGCCGGAUAUUCACGGCCUCGCCAAGAGGCGCCGGAGGCCGUCGGCAGCAGAUCCCCUUGACCACGAUAGCAUGUCCAACGUUUCCUCCCCUCCCUCCCUCACACACUCACCAAACUUCGAGACUAAGGCAGCUAAGACUCGGGGUCGGCCUAGACGCCAAUCCUCCCCUAAGCUCACGACAGCGGACCUGGCGAACUUGCUACCUAGGAGGAGGCAUCAAAGAGCCCACAGCCCUGUUGAUCUGGCGAGCGAUGACGAGAUUGACACAGCCGGAAUUGGACAUGAUGAGGAUGAGCUAUCAUACGUUGAUGCCCCACGGAGGAGAAAGGUGACGAGGUCCGCCACUCGUGGUCGCUCUACUCGCCAAACCACCCGGGGAGGACCUUCAACUUCUAAGCAACCAGAGAAGAACACCAACAAGUCUCGUCCCAGUCUCACUUACUCGCGAAGAUCAUCAGAUAAGGAAAACGAGAGUGAGGGUGACGACACUGAAGGAGAUGAGCGGAGCCGGUUUCAGCCCCUCCCUGACGAUACCUUCGAAGCUGACACCACACAUACACCGGAAGAAAACAAAACGGAAGAGCUAAAACAAGCAGCGGCUAAAUUCAAGGAGGUGGACCGCUGGGAACUGGAAUAUGAGGAAGCUACGCAGUCAUCUUCACCUGCUGGAGCUCGAUAA